AUGCAUACGAAAGCUUUGGUGCCUGCGAUUCUGGCCAGCAUGGCUACUGCUCUGAGUCUCCCCCCUCUGAUUCCGACUAUUCCUGGGGUUACGGAGCCUCUCUCAAGCAAUGCUCCACCGCUGCCAAUCUUGCAAGUCCCAACACCUCCUUUGGAAAGUCCUCCUUUUGUUGGAAACCAGUCCAUCAAGCCCAAGAAGAUUGGAUACUUCUGGACGGCGGCUGGCGACAAUCAGCACAAGGAUUUCCUUGCCACCUACAGCCUCGAUGAUGAUACUUUUGGGACACUCCUCUGGGUCACUGAUGUCCCUUCUAGUGGCAAUAGUCCUCAUCAUCUUGGGCCCUCGUUGGAUGGCAAAACUCUCGUUGGGGGUGGCCUCCUUUCCCUCUUGAAGACUCAGGAUACUGCGUACUACUUCGAUACCACCAACCCUUACCAGCCAAAAUUCAAAAAGAGCAACCGAGCUCUUUUAUCAUCCAUCACUGAUGAGAUCCGCGCUAAGCCUGACGGAGGCUUUUUCAUCACCUACAUGGGCUCCGCUGUAGGUUCGUCUCCCGGGCGCCUUGUCGAGACCGAUGCCAACUUCAACAUCAUUCAUGAGUGGCCUGAAGAUGUGUCCUCCACCCUUAACAUCCUUGGCGAACAAUUCUCCCCCCAUGGUCUAUCUGUGGACUGGAACAAGAAGAUAAUCCUAACCUCCGACUUCGUCGUUCCAGUCACCAUCCUCAAGCCAGCCUCUGCGCUCGGCAUCCAGCGCGCUAAUACCCUCCGUCUCUGGGAGCUCGAUAGUCGCAAAAUCAUCUCUACUAUCACGAUCCCCAACGGCCAAGGCAUUCAAGACGUCAAGUUCAUCCCUGGCAACCCUGAAUCAGCCGCUCUCGCUACCGCCGUCGGCCCCGGCCAAGUCUGGAUCAUCUAUCCAUUCCGCAAAAACGCCCAAGGCCAACAAGGCAUCGCCGAGCUCCUCUACGACCUCGGUCCCAAAGCCCGCGACAACCUCGCCAUCUAUUCCGACAUUACCGACGACGGAAAGUUCGCGUAUUUCACCCUCACCCUCGGAAACCACGUCGCAGCCCUUGACAUCUCCAACCUUAACGCGGUUAAGCGUCUCGACAAUCCCGAUCAGGACCAAGGCAUCGUUGGUCCGCAUUACGUUAAGGUCUCUCCCGACAAGAAGAACUUGCUGGUUACGGAUUACUUUGUGCAAACGGGGGAUAUUGGGGUGGUGAAUACACCGGCAGAUUUCAAGGCCCAGUGGAUUGAUAUCUUGCCGGAUGGGAGCUUGCACUUCAACAGGAGCAUUAACUUUCCUACAGAGUUUGCGAAUCGUGGAGGUGCGAAGCCGCAUUCGUCGGUUAUCUUUGACCUGACGGACCCUAGCAAUCCUAAGUACUACUAA